AGAGAAACCUUGCAAAAACGCAUCGUUUUGAAAGGCUGACGAUUCUGGCUUUCCCAACCAUGGAAGCUUUCAGUCUCCUCAACUACUGGAAGAACAGUGGUAAUGGUGUUGUUUCCUCCGGCCUUACCUCCCUCCCUCCUCCCUCCUCCGACUCUUCUUGCCGUUACUCCGGCGAAGCCACCACCAUAGUCACCUCCGUCACUGAAGAAGAGGAUGCAGGAGACGACGAAGGACCGUUCUUUGAUCUCAAAUUCGCUGUGCCCGUUGAAGAAGAAGAAGAAAGCGAAGAGAGCAACGAACAUGGAGAUGAAGUCUCCGAAGACGACGUCGGCGGGGGAGAGAAAGAUUCCGAUUGUACGGACGGUGGUUGUGAGUAUAACUUCACUCUCUCAUCAUGCUCCGGCGGAGAAGAAGGUGUAGCUCAAGACCUAAUAGUCUCUCCUUCCGGCGAUGUUUACUUAAAGGGACAGAUCGUGGAGGAGGUCGAAGUUGAGCCACCGUCAUCGGGAACGGAGCAGACAUGCUCCGUCAAAGCUCCGGCGGCGCAGUUAUCGGCGUCGAUUUUAAAAUCCGCCACCAAGCUUCGUGUGUUCAUGCUCGGCGGCACGAAGAAAUCGAAGCUUCUCCAGGCGAAAGAGAAAUCAGAAGCUAACAACACUCCGUCACAGCUGACGGAAUCUCAACUGAAAAGUACCGUUACGGUGGAUUUAAAAGUUGAAGAAGUUCCUAUAGUUUCUCUCUUCACGAGAGACAACAGCUCAAGAAACUCCUCAUCCUCGUCUUCCUCUCCGAAGAAGCAAAACGGCAACGAACUCGUCGUUUCGGAAGAUAACCGUUUCGUGAUGAUGCAAAAGUAUUUAAAGAAAGUAAAGCCUCUUUACAUCCGAGUUUCGCGUCAGUACGGCGACAAGUUAAAGCACUCCGGCAAGUUGAGGUUAGACUCCUCCGCUCCUACGACGACGACGACGAGAGCCAAGGCGGAGGAGAAAGCGGAAUCUCCGGUGAAGAAGGCUCAUAAACCUGGAAACAUAAACAUCAACCUUCCGGCGGGUUUUAAAGUAGUGAGGAAGCACCUCGGUAAAAGCAGAUCCUCUUCCUCCACGAAGACGACGACGAUAGCUCCGUCGGUGGCGACGGUUACGACGCCGUCUGAGUCGAGGAGACGUGACGACUCGCUUCUGCAGCAGCAAGAUAGCAUUCAAAGCGCCAUUUUACACUGCAAAAGAUCUUUCAAUUCCUCUCGAGAUAAAGAUCCGUCGGUGUUACCAAGAUCGGUAAGUGAUUCUUCUUCUUACGAUAAAUGAAACGAGCGUGUAUCUUUUUCUCGCAUUAACACAUUAAUAAUUAUGUUUAUUGUAAAUACUAAGCUAGUAGUAUCUUUUUUUAGCUUUGUAUUUUGGUAAGAGUGGUAGCAGCUCUAUGUUUGGUCAUGUAGUGAUGAUGACUAUUGAAACUUUGGAACAUAUAAAGCUUAUGAAGAAGAAAAGUAGACUUCUUCUUCUUU